UGUUAUUGUUUCAUUGUUUCCUUCUUUAUUAUUUUUAUGUUCUAUGUUGCAGAAACAGCUCCAACAACUGCUGCUGUUUAUAAUUAGAGCUUAGUUGAUUUAUAAUAUAAGGAAAUAUAAUAAAUAUUCUAAAAUAAAAUAAAAAUACAUGCGUCAUGACUAUUUUUGUGCUCAUAUACAGUGUAACUUAAACAACAACUUUUUUUUGCCGCCAAUUGCUGUCUGCGUCACUUCCUCCACGUGGUAUGAAUCUAAACUCCCGCCCGGAACAGUCGUAUGUCAACAGUCGGUACCGUGCAGGGCCACAACUCGAUUGUUUUAUUCUUAGCCCUGCUCGUCUUGGACGCCGUUUCUCCGCAAUAUGGCCUCAAACCUCCCGGACUCUCACCCUCAUGAUGCCUUGCUCGUCACCGAUGAGGAGCUGGAUCAGGCUUUGUGUGUGCUGGCUGGAAGCGACCCGGAAAACUGCUCGUAUUCCCGGGGUUAUGUGAAGAGGCAGGCAGUAUUUGCCUGCAACACCUGCACCCCCGAUGCCACAGAGCCUGCUGGGAUUUGUCUGGCAUGUGCAAAUAAAUGCCAUGAUGGGCAUGACAUUUUUGAACUUUACACCAAAAGACAUUUUCGCUGUGAUUGUGGAAAUGGAAAAUUUGGAGAUUUUCAAUGCCAGCUGAAUCCUGCUAAAGAUGAGCGAAAUGAUAAAAAUCGCUACAAUCACAACUUCAGUGGCUGCUAUUGCACAUGUGACAGACCAUAUCCAGACACAGAUGGGCAGGAUGAUGACGAAAUGAUUCAGUGUGUCAUCUGUGAGGAUUGGUUUCACAGUAAGCACUUGGGCUGCACUGUGGUUGAACCUGAAGAGUUGCAAGAGAUGGUGUGUGAGACUUGCAUGAACAAAGCUCCUUUCUUGUGGACGUAUGCCGCUCACUUUGCUGAACCCCCUUUUAUCAAAAUCAGUCAUUCCAACAAGGAGGAGGAUGUAGAAGUGGAAGUUGAGGAGAAAAGCCCUGAGAAACGUCCAAGGAAUGAAGGAUCAACCAGCAGUGACGAAUCUAGAAAGGCGGAAGCUGGAAUCGGGAGUUCCCCUCGUAAAAGAAAUCACCCUGAGACAUCGAAGGUCAAUACCACACCAGGGGAGUGCAGGCUGAAGAAGUUGCAGGGGUUGGAGAGGCCAAGACUAGGAGCUGUGUUCUGGCCUUACAGCUGGCGCUCUGAGCUCUGUACCUGUACUAACUGUAAGAAAGCCUACGUGGCAGCAGAAGUGCAGUUUCUCAUGGAUCAGUCCGAUACGAUCCUAGCUUAUGAAAAAAGAGGUUUGGAUGAGCCGUUCGGGCAACACCCACUGAUGGCUCUCCUGAGCUCUAUGGACCGUGUGCAGCAACUGGAAGUCUUAUACGGUAUCAACGAGCUGACGUCUUCCCUCAAUGAAUUUUUGGAACAGUGCGUUUCUGAAAGAAAGACAGUCACAGCGGAAGCAGUUCAUGAGUUCUUCGCGGAGCUGCGAGCCAGAAAGAAGCGCAGGACUGACGGAGGAUUUCAGUAACAAACAAGACCUUUAAUGAAUGUGUCGUUUAAAGAGACUAUUUUCUGGAAUAAAGUGAGUUUUUUGCUGCAACUACUAUAAUCUUAAAUUUAUAGUUUGUACUCAUUUUUUAAAAGUUUUGUUUUUUACUUUUUUUUUUUUUAUUAAAGAUGCUUUAACUUUAAUUCUGAGUUUUACUUGAAACAGAUGUUGCACACUGAUCCUUUUUUGAUGAAUAAAAGCUUGUGAAUGUUCCAAAUAAAGUGUCAAUUAACACCA